AGGCCGACCGCAUCAGCCGCUCCAAGACCUUCAAGCCGCGCAUCACGUCCUCGGACUACGACAGCUUCACGUUCAAGUGCCGCCUGUGCAUGAUGGGCUUCCGGCGCCGAGGCAUGCUGGUGAAUCACUUGUCCAAGAGGCACCCGGACAUGAAGAUUGAGGAGGUGCCCGAGUUGACGCUGCCCAUCAUCAAGCCUAACCGAGACUACUUCUGUCAGUACUGUGAUAAGGUGUAUAAAAGUGCUAGCAAGCGGAAAGCACAUAUCCUGAAGAACCACCCGGGGGCCGAGCUCCCACCCAGCAUCCGGAAGCUGCGUCCUGCUGGCCCUGGAGAGCCGGACCCCAUGCUGAGCACCCACACCCAGCUCACAGGCACCAUCGCCACCCCUCCCGUCUGCUGCCCGCACUGCUCCAAACAGUACAGCAGCAAGACCAAGAUGGUGCAGCACAUCCGCAAGAAGCACCCCGAGUACGCCCAGCUCCCCAACACCUUCCACACCCCUCUGGCCCCCGCCGUCAUCAGCACGGCCCCUGCUGUCCUGACAACCGACAGUGCCACUGGCGAGACGGUGGUGACGACCGACCUGCUCACCCAGGCCAUGACGGAGCUGUCCCAGACCCUGACCACCGAUUACCGGACACCGCAGGGUGACUACCAGAGGAUCCAGUACAUCCCCGUGUCGCAGUCCACGCCCGGCCUGCAGCCGCCUCAGCACAUCCAGCUGCAGGUGGUGCAGGUAGCCCCGGCCACCUCCCCGCACCAGCCUCAGCAGUCGACGGUGGACGUUGGCCAGCUGCACGACCCGCAGACCUACACCCAGCAUGCCAUCCAGGUGCAGCACAUCCGGGUCACGGAGCCCCCAACCUCGGCGGCCCCAGCCUCCCAGGUGGCGGGCCAGCCGCUGAGCCCCUCCUCGCAGCAGUCCCAGCCAGGGCUCAGCCCCUCGCAGAUACAAAGCAGCUCGUCGGCGCAGGCCCAGAGCCUGCAGCAGCAGCCGCAGGGCGCCACGGUGCAGCACACCUACCUGCCCAACGCCUGGAACUCCUUCCGGGGCUACUCGUCUGAGAUUCAGAUGAUGACACUACCUCCAGGUCAGUUUGUGAUCACAGACAGUGGUGUGGCCACUCCCUUGCCUGCUGGCCAAGUGAAGGCCGUCACUACGGGGCAUUAUGUGUUGUCAGAGAACCAACCGGAGUUAGAAGAAAAGCAAGCUGCUGCCCUCUCUGCUGGAGUCCAGGUUCAGCCAGCUGCACCCGGUGAUUUGGACCCCCAGAGCACGCAGCCGCAGCCCACGCAGUUCAUCAUCACCACCACCACGAACGGGGAUGGGGCUGGCGACGUGCAGCUGGCCAAGCCCUGACUCCACCCCGCGCCCCGCCCCCAACGCAUCAUGUCUCCCGUCUCUUCUCAUUCCAAGGCCAGAAGCUUCGGCCCCUGCGAGCUCUUUCUUUUAAGAUCGAUCAUUUACUCCAGAGUUUGGAAACCAGUUUUGACACUCAUGCAGACAACCGGGGCAUACGUUACCAAGGUCAGCUUUUUCUUAGGAGCUCUUGAAUCCGUAGGAGUUUCUGCCGCAGAAGGGAACUCUCUUGGGGAAAAGCAGAUUUCAAGAGGAAGUAACUUUGCCUUGCUCUUGACGAUUUUUUUUUUUUUUGGUUAUUGUUCUGUUUAGCACAGUGAUAAGCCUUAUUUUUUCCUUUGUGGAAAUAUGAAGUGGUGUAUUGUGUUUGUACCAAAGGUCAAGAAAGGAUGUGCCAAGUCUGUGGCCACAGGACUUCUUAACGCCAAGCCGUGACACCAAAGGAGAAGGGGCGUUCAUGGGGGUCUGCUUCACCUCGUGUGUUUGAGUUUUCAGUCAUUUCACAAAAGGAGCCAAGUGAAGAAGAACAUUGAAAAAUGACGAAACAAAGAUUUGACAGUGAUCUUCAGAAAGGAAAAAAGCUGUCAUCUAGAUUUUUCUUAUGGCUGGGUUUGGUUUGGGUUUUUUUUUUUAAGACUUGCCUCUGGGGGACGGGCUGCUGUUGGGCUGCUGGCCGUAUCUACGGCGGAACCUCAUGCUCUGACUGAUCUUUGUUUUAUUCCCCAACGGUGGACUCUCUGUAAGAGAAAACAUUGCUGGAUGUCAGCAGAAUUUCAACUCCAACAUUAAAACUUUGCCACUCUGAUUGUUCCUUGUGUGAAGGAAGAGGUGCUAGGGCUACAGGUACCACGGAAAGACACUGAAAUCACGACGUAGAGGAAGCUCAAGCCCUGGCAACGCUGUCUCGUCCUGUUCCCUGCCGCAGAGGAGGGUGAACCCCGGCUCUUCCUUCUCGAGUGUCCGUCCAGUCGCUCACAGCAGUCCCCGUAACUUAGUACUUUCAGCGCUGUUUUAAAACGAAUGUCCUGUGAGGUCGGGUGGAAAGGUGGUCCUCUAUUUCUUAACAGUUCUCAUUCAUAACCAAUUACAAGUCAUUUGUCCUUUCUCUAAGAUAACUGACCUCACACCUCGGUGGAAAAAAAUGUGGGGGACCAUUUUAUAAUGUGUUAAAAAGACUGGAUAGGGUUCUGGAAGAAAUCCAAUCUUUCCGAAUAUUAAACUAUUAGUUGGAAGAGGAGGGAAAAUCUGCCUCAAUAAUAGUUUUCCUUAGAUGUAUUCUUCUCUGGGAGUUGUGCUAGCUAUGAAUUAAGUGGGGAAAAAUAUUUCCUUUCUACUGUACAUUCCAAUAUAUACAUAAAACAUGACUGAAAGCAAUAUGUAUUUUAACAACUUUAUGUGACAUAGUAGCACAUUUUUUAGAAUAACUGUUGCAUAAUCAAAUUUUAUCACACCAGAACAGAAACACCUAAUUUCAGUUUCAAAUGAACUGAACUCAUUUUAUUUACAUUUCAGGGCAAAAACUGGUUCUAUAAAGGAAGAGGGAGAGUUGCUUCUUUCUGUAAAGAUACUUUCCUGAAAAGCAAACACUUCUGUUGAAAUAACUUUACUGAUACAUAGAUUUUGCACUUUAUUUCUUGAGAUCACAUUCAUUUAGUUAUCCCUGAAAACUUGGGCACUAGGAGAAUUUGAGAAAGUUACUUGGCCAAUGUGUAGAAACUGAAAGUGGAUCCUAUUCUCUUUGGUAACAAAGAGGUAACAUUGAUAUUUUCAAUAGAAAAUACUGUCCAGGACACAACAGAGACUCAGGGUCCCCAAGUCUCGCAAUGGAAUAUUGUAAAUAUCCUGAGGGUAUCCAGUUUAAGAGACUUGCUUCGUGAAAAUACUAGAUUUUUCCAAAGGUCUUGUUUUUAUAUCUUAAAGUUGACCCUUGUUGGGUCCUUUUGAAUUGGAACCAGCAAGGUCCCCCCACCCCUGGGCAGAACUUAUUAAUGAAAAUGAAACUCCCACUAAAUGAAUGUUCAUUUUAUGCCAGUGAUUUCAAGUUUUAAAAUACUCAGAAGAAAGGAUCGUGGAAGGGCUUUGUCUCUGCCCCAUCUAAGUGUCUAAGAGUGUGUUUGUGUGUGUGUAUGUGGGGUA